UUUAUCAUCAGGGAGGAGGAGCAGUGCAGCCAUCUCUCAUUUUGUGUCGCCGAGCUCAGACAGACUCCCACCCGCCCAGCCUGAGGACGCACAACAACUACACAACAGGAACAAAAGACAGACCCCCAACCGCCCAGCCUGAGGACGGAAACAGAAACAGCAGCACAAUAGGAACACAAUAAGACCAGCAGCAACAGGACAUCAGCAGCAGACGGCCUCCAGCAGCUCAGGUUGCUGUCCAGGAUGGCGGCGAUGAAGGAGCAGCAGUUCACGGAGGAGAAGCCUCUGCUGCCGGAGCAGAGAGGAGGAGAGUCGGACAUGCAGGAUAAAGCUGAGGAGGCCUCUGGGGGGCCUCAGGGCCCCGCUGGCCCCGCCUCCUCCAACCAUGCCCCUCCCCCGAGCCGCCCCGCCCAUCGCUGGCACGUCAUGGCACGGCACUGGUUACGCCAAACCCGCCGUCGGACCACCGGGGUUCCUCAGGAAAGCUGUGAGCAGCUGAUGCCGGUGGGAGACUGGAAGGAGCACGAUGUGGAGACGCCCUACGGGUCGCUGCACGUUGUGAUCCGAGGAGCUCCUAAAGGGAACAAACCGGCCAUCCUCACCUACCAUGACGUGGGACUGAACCACAAACUGUGCUUCAACACGUUCUUCAACAACGAGGACAUGCAGGAGAUCACCAAACACUUCGUGGUUUGUCACGUGGAUGCUCCAGGACAGCAGGUCGGAGCUCCUCAGCUGCCACAGGGGUUCCAGUACCCCACCAUGGACCAGCUGGCCGGGAUGCUGCCCACGGUGGUCCAACACUUCGGGUUUAAGAGCAUCGUAGGGAUCGGAGUCGGAGCUGGAGCUUUUGUUCUGGCCAAGUUCGCUCUGAUCCAUCCAGACCUGGUGGAGGGUUUGGUUCUGCUCAACAUCGACCCCAACGGUAAAGGAUGGAUCGACUGGGCCGCCACCAAGCUGUCCGGACUGACCAGCGCUCUGCCCGACACCGUGCUGCCUCACCUGUUCAGCCAGGAGGAGCUGAUGAGCAACACGGAGCUGGUCCAGAGCUACAGGCAGCAGAUCAACAACACCAUCAACCAGUUCAACCUGCAGCUCUUCUGGAACAUGUACAACAGUCGGAGGGAUCUGGAGAUGAACCGCAGCGGGACGGCCAUCAACGCAAAGACCUUAAAAUGUCCCGUGAUGCUGGUUGUUGGAGAUAACGCUCCAGCUGAGGAGGGAGUGGUGGAGUGUAACUCCAAACUGGACCCGACCAAUACCACCUUCCUGAAGAUGGCUGAUUCUGGUGGACUCCCUCAGCUCACACAGCCUGGGAAACUGACUGAAGCCUUCAAGUACUUCCUGCAGGGGAUGGGCUACAUCGCGUAUGUGAAGGAUCGGAGGUUGAGUGGAGGUCCAGUGCCGUCGGCCAGUAUGACCCGCCUGGCCCGGUCCAGGACGGCCUCCCUGACCAGCGCCGGCUCCAUGGACGGCCAGCGAUCCCGGGCCUGCACCCAAUCCGACAGCACGGAGGGCGUGGGCACCGUCAGCCACACCAUGGAGGUGUCCUGCUGAAGACCUGGAGGCUUCAUCAGGCUCACCAUGGAGGUGUCCUGCUGAAGACCUGGAGGUUCCAUCUGCAGAACCUCCUCACUGUAAAAUACCAUCAGUGUUCCGCCUCAGCCCUCCACCAAUGUCCACACAGCUGUUUUCCUUCUUCAACAGUCAUUCUUGUGUUUGCUGAGUGUUUCCUCAUUCUUUGCCUGCAACCUCUUAAACCCCGCCCCCCAACACACACCUACACCUGUCUAUCCAUACAGCAAUAAGAGCUGCAGGUUAGUGUCCGGCCAGAGGUGGGCGCUGAGCACAAACAGGAAGCAGUGACAGCUUGUAAUUCUCUCUCUCUGUGGUGUUUUGAAGCAGCGGUUUUUACGUGUCUCCGGGUGUGACAGGUGAGGUUGAGAAAGGGGCGUGUCCAGAGGUCAACGGACAGCAGAACACAGCCAAUCGUAGCCAAGUGCACCUGUAGCGCUUAGAAAAGAUUCAUUAGCUUUUGUUAGCAUAGCUAGAGCCCAGCACACAGGUUUAAAGCUGCACUGAAGCUUCGCAAAUUUAUGUCAAAUUAUAAAGAUAAAGAGAGACAUCGUCUGAGUACAAGUGUAUCUUUUAGAAACCCUUUGAACUCGUAGUUUCUCAAGUUGUCCUGAAACCAAACCACUAAACCACCAGAGAGCCUGGCCUGCUUUUAUCUCUGUUGCUAUGGUAAUAUGUUCAUUACUUUUUUACUUCACCAGGGAACUCUGCAAACUGAGUUAUGUGAUGAUACGUUUGUCUGUCACCUGUAGGACUGAGAGACGGAUGAAGGGAUGGACCAGAACCAUGUGGUCCAUCCGUCUUAGAGAUGUUUCUGGUCCAUCCAUCCAUCAUCUCUUAGCAACACUAUUCAAAAACAGACUAAAGGAUUUGGAUGAAAUUUUCAUGGAAGAUCAGAAAUAACACAAAGAUCAAGUGAUUAGAUUUUGGUUUGAUUAGACUUAUUGGGAUUUAUCCAUCGGAAACGAUACAUGAAUUUAUACAAAUUAAAGUUAGAAAGAUAAAGAGAGACAUCAUCGGCGUAUGAGUUUAAAUUUUAUAAACACUUCAAACUCAUAGUUUCUGGAGCUGUCCUGAAACCAAACCACUAAACCACCAGGGAGCCUCGCCUGCUUUUAUUUCUGUUGCUAUGGUAAUAUGUUCAAUAUUUAUGUAGAGGGUUUUUUUGUCAAUCUGGAUCAAUCAAUUGGAGACUAUUAGCCAGUAUAAAUCUGUGAUCGCAGCUUCUGAAAUAUGAACACGAUAAACAGAAUAUCUGGAGAACAAGACAUUUAUGGGAAUCAUUGAUCAGAUAAUCGAGAAGAUAAAGAUGAGUGUUUGAGAGGAACAUUAGUGCUUCUCUAUGAGUUUAGGAAUGCUGUGUAGAGGACUGUUCUGUGGUCUGACUGAUGUCUCAGUAAAAUCUAACAUCCAAACAGUCCUCUGUGUUCUGUUUGGAGCCACAUUAGUGCACCGUUGCUGAGCGCAGCUUUAACUGUACGUCUCCUUACGUUUCUGAGACAGUCCACCUCAUAGUUCUAGAUAGAAUAGAAUCACUUUAUUCAGAUAGAAGACGUAUUUAUGAAGGCGUAUCUGCAUGUGAAUGUCAUCUAGAACCAGAGUAGUACCUGAGUCGUGUUCUUCAUUAGCACCCUAAUGUCCAGCAGAACCAUCGUCACAGUUUAGCUGCUGGACCUGGUUCAGCUCUUCAACGUAACAAUCACACUAUGAACCAGACCAGACCAGGACGGUGGGGGGGCCGAGGCGGAACCGGGCCGACCCAACACCAAAGACCAAAGCUUCCGUUUCAGAACCCAGCCCCUCCCAGAGGACAAACCAAAGCUGCACACACACGUUCUCCCCUGAAGGAAGAGCUGCGUGGGCCGGGUUCUGGAACGGAACCAAAGAACAGAUAGGAGAACCUACAUUCUGAUGUAAACAGAACCUCACAGUGUAGUACGUAGGUGUAGCUGUAGAUUAGAAGCUGUGAGCUGCUGUCUGUGAUUCUGGACCACCUGGACCCUCUGAACCCAGGACCGGUUCUGUCUGAAGUCCUGCAGCUCUGUGGCACCAGAACAUCCUGAAGGAGGAGACAGAACUCAGAGAUGUCCUCUGGCAGUAGUUAGAACGAUGGAAAUCAGAGAAACAGUUGAAAGCCUGUUUUCCCAUGAGUGUUACCAGAACUGAGAACAUGGUGGCGCUGUAUACUCUGGAUGUUUUAUCCGUACACUGCCUGCAGUUCAACCGAAGGCUGUUCGAGGGUUGUUGUUAUCAGUCGUAGCCAUAGACUGUAUAUAAAGAUGGACGUAGCAUCUGGCUACAAAAAUGAAGCCAACCCUGAAGUGUGAAAAACUUUCAAUAUCACGCCGUCCGCUAGGGUUGGCUCCAAAAAGCUUUUUCUCCAUAGACCCCAAUUCAUUUUUGGAAAACAUAAAAUUUGAUAGACUGAUGUUCUACAGCUCAGGAUUUUUUUCCCGUUAGUUUUCAUGGUCAAAAUGAGAGAUCAGGUGGCCGAUCUUAAAAUAAAUCAAUACUGAAUUUUAAAUAAAUCGUUAAAGUUGGUGGAGCCAGGGGGCGUGGCUAUACUUGAUAGACAGCAACAGAAGCCUCUACGGUAAAAUGUGGGCGGGAUAAGAGAGUCCUCAGCCAAUCCUGCCCCUAGUUGCUCUCCGGUCCAGUCUGUUUGAUGACGCUUUUUACGUCACUGGCUCCAAAAAAUCCAAAAUGGCGACCAGGAAGUAGCAAAAUCCGGGCUUCAUUUUCUCUGCGUUGAAACCAACGGGUGACGUCACGGUUAGUUCAUGCCUGGUCGUAGCGUCAUGGUUCGUAGAUAAAAUGAUUAAUAAUAAUUAGCAUUUUUAGUUUUCUACAGAAUCUGGUUUGGACAAACAGUUGGUUUUUGGUGACUUUCUAAAUGUUGGUGAAGUACGAUUUCAAGCUCAGAUUUGGUUCACCGAGGAUGAGCAUGGAAGUUGUUUGCUGUUGAUGAACUUUAGAUGUUUUAUUUUUUACUUCUUUGAGGUAACGUGGUGGUUCAGAGGGUCAGAGCUGGGGUCUCCUGCUUUUAUUCUUCAUUCCUGUACAGCAUUCCUGUUUGUUGAGUUCCCCUGAAGUUAAAUCCUUCGGUCCCCUGUCAGAAGGGGCGGAGCUUCCAUUCGCUGAGGCGUGCGCUUCCCUGCAGCGGCCUGUAAGGGGCGGGGCUUUUUUGGCGCCAUUUGGGCUCCAAGCUCGGAAUGUAGGGCAACCCCCAGCCACCUUAAAAAGACAAAAAAAGACCCCUUUACCCUGAAAAAACCACACGGUGCCCCGGCCCUCACAGGCGGACCCAGACGCCGCCUAAAGGGCUAUCAGCUGACGUCACUUUGUGAGCAUGUUGUAGUUCGUGACCACCAGGGGGCCCCAGAGAGCAGGACGAGGUUCUCAAUGCAAGAAGAGAGUUCAAAACACAGAGAGAGAGAUGCAUGGUCAGAAACAUCUGAAAGUGAAACUAAAGAAGUUAUUAUUCAAUUUGAAUUUCUUCGAUUUCAAUCCACUUGAAACUAAUAUAUUGAAGGUAAAUUCAGCUGCUCUGAUGUGAUCCCCACUGAAAAUAAUAUCCAGUUUUUAUAAUUCAAGUUCAGGUUCUUGAAAUUCAGACUCGGACUGAAGAAGAACAACCGCAUCCAUCUGAAUCAUGAAAACUAAACGUAAAGAAUCUUCAGUGAGGCUCAAACAGAAUUCACCUGAAUUCAGUUCCUAUUUUACUGGAAUAAGUUUCAAUUGAGUAAAUUCAAACUGUUUUUACUUCUAGUAAAGUUUAGAACUUCAAAUGAUGAGGUUCAACUUAUUACAUAAAUGUAGAUAUAAAGGAUUUAGAUUGUUUGUAAAGACUGAAUGUUGAAGGACAGAGUGUUGAGGAGAUGAGCUGGUAGAGAAGCUGGAGGUCAGUCGCAUGUAGCCCGUCGUCUGUCUUCUGUAUCUUUGGUUUCCUCCACAUGACUCCACCCAAACUGCCGGAGGGCUCCUGAAUGUAUCGUCCCUUCCUGAAGUGCUGUACAGUAUCGUCCUCCUCAAACCUUCCUCCUCUAAGCCUUUAAGGUUGUUCCUGCAGACCUUGGCCCUCCUUGUAGAUACUUUUUAUUUCUAGCAGGUUUCCUGAACACUGAGUCUUUCUGUUUUUUUAGGCAGCAGUAGGUGUCGCCUCCUCUCGCUGUGAUGAUGUUACUUCAUGUGUUUCUCUUCUAACUGCCAUGAAGACUGAUUUGUAUGAAGCAAUAAGUUCUUUUCUUCUCGUGGGAUUGUCUCAUGUUGUGGGAUUCUUCCCUCAGCUGGUUUCUGUUCACAGAAGGACUCUUUCCUGCUUCGUUGUCAUUCAGAUGUGUGCUGUAAAGGUUCAUAUAUUCUCUAACAGUAAGCCGUCUGUCUGUGUGCUGAUCCAGUAACCAGUAAGAAAUAAAGACUAAAUAAAGUCA